AUGGCGUUUAAUUCUUACGAGUACGUAAAAACCUCAAAUGCUUCUGCAAUUUUCAGACAGACGAAAGAGGAGGACGAGAAAAUUUGCAUGAAACUUGUGUCGUCUUUGCUACUACUGGUUGUUCUACAUUCCAACGUAGCAUAUGCGUCAUUUUGUGGCCAGUCGUCCAUUCCGUUCAGCUUUGAGGCGCAACCAAAUGGACAACCGAUACUGGGGUGCGCUCGACCGACGUGCUUUGGAUGGACGGCGGAUGGUGAGCCGAUCUCACGAAAUUCACAAUUUUACCGAGUUUUGAAAGUAGCGGAUGGCUUUCAACGAAAAAUCACAGAAAAGCCACGCAAAAUGAAUCGCCAGGACCGACAGCUAUACAAAGAACAAGUUGCUGUAAGAGCUCGGAUAACAUUUUUAAUCCCAUUUGCUAUCCUGGUCAUUCCAAGCUCAAUGAAUCAGCACUUUGGUGUUAAAGAAAAGCUUCUUAAGAAUUACGCGGAUGAGUUGCAGGAGUGUGAUAGUACGUAUGAGAGCGAAUCCUGCUUGCGAACUGACCAGUGGGUUGGUGGUAUCGGUCCAAUGUAUAAUGCCACCAUAUUGCCGUUGGCACUGCAGUGCUGCACGUACGGAUUCUUGAAAGAAUCUUCAACAGAUCGUGGAGUUGCAAUUGUAAAUCCAGGACAGAUUGUGGUUGGUGGUGAAGUGCUGAAAAAUGGUCGACAGUACGCGUUCGAUUAUAUUGCUGAUAUAUUGAAGAUGAGAAACGAGGACGACAGGUUCUUAAUUUGCAUUUGUUAUAAGCUCUGA